UUUCCCCGUGCCGCCGCCAAACCCCGACCGCGCCGCCGCCGCCGCCUCCGCGAACACGCGACCGCCGCCCGUAGCAACCACCCGCUGAGUGCCGAUACUCCCUCGUCCUUCCUCUCCCCCCGAACCAGCCACUGCUUUUGGUUCCCGUGCGGUCGUCCGAUGGCCAAGCGGCUCGCCGCCGCCGAGAAAGAGGUGCUCGUUGAGGUCGUGAGGUUCACUCAGAAGAACGGGUUGAAAGGCUCCGAUGGGGCGUGGAAGGAUUUCUUGGCUCGGAACGACAGGAAGUUUGGCGCUUCAGUAAGCGACCCCAGGAAGCGCUCGAGGGAUGUGCUGCUCGCCUUCCUGCAAACCUUCUCCAAGGAUUUCCAAAAGUACUUCGGCAAAUUGGUUAAGCGUCAAAAGGAAAGAAGUGAUGUGCAGCAGCAUAUGAACGAUUUUCCUGACCAGGUUUCUCCCGAGCAGAAACUUGUUCAACUGACGGCAGAGCACCCAGAGUACAGGAAAAAUUAUUGCUUCCCAUCAUACCAAGAGGGAUGGAAAGUGUUGCGGAUAGGAGAUGUCUCAAGUUUGGUGAGCUCAAGUGCUAUGUUGGCAAUUGACUGUGAGAUGGUCCUUUGCCAUGAUGGCACUGAGGCUGUGGUCCGAGUAUGUGUUGUAGACAACAAUCUGGAGGUGAAGCUGGACACACUUGUAAAUCCUUCUAAAGCUAUUACUGACUAUAGAACACACAUCACCGGUGUAUCUAAGAAGGAUCUAGAAGGAGUCACAUCAUCAUUAGUUGAUGUUCAGAAAUCGCUGAAGAGGAUCUUGUCCAAAGGAAAAAUUUUGAUUGGCCACAGCUUAUAUAGAGAUUUAUGUGCCUUAAAGAUUGAUUGCUCUCAAGUUAUUGAUACAGCCUACAUCUUUAAGUAUGCCAAUUUACCUACUACUGCAUCAGCUUCCUUAAACAGUUUGUGCAAGUCUGUUUUGGGGUAUUCUGUUCGAGAAGAAGGCGAACCACAUAAUUGCUUAAAGGACGCAGAAGCUGCAAUGAAUCUAGUUCUCGCAAAGCUUAAGCAUGGAUUUAAUGAUCCCAUUGAAGUGGCCGUAAGCAGUGUAAUAACUGAGUCUGAUUCGUUGAAGUUGCUUGCUCAUAGAAUACCGGUGCACCUGCCUUGUCAAGAACUGUGCAAAGUUUUCUCUGGGAACCCCAGUAUUGAUGACAAGAUUGAUUCAAGGAUUCGAGGUGAAUUUUAUUCUACAUGUAUUUUGUUCAAUGAGAUAGAUGAGGUAGAGAAAGCUUUUGAAGCACUGGAUGGCCAAAUGACUAAGGACUCUGGUGGGCGACUUCAAAAGCAUGUGCUGAUGAAGCGUGACAAUGGAGAUGUGGUGAACUUCUACGUCCGGAAGAUGGUAUACAGUUCCCAGCCCAACCAGUUCGAAGUUCCAAAGAAGAGACCACAGCCUACUGAGGAUGCGGAACCAAAGAAAGAACAUGCCGAUGGGGAUCAGCAAAAGAAGAAAAGAAAGAGUAAGAAGCAUGUGAACUAGGCACAGGUGUCAGUGGUUGAAUGAGGAAUUUCGUGCCAGAUGCUGAGGUCUUCUGGUUACAGAUUGAUGCUGAAAGGUCGUUGAUAGUGAACUGUAGGCGAAGAAGGCUGUGAUCAUGAGCUGUUUGGAGAGGAACAGUUUGGUCAGAGCUCGGCGAAACCAGUUUUGGAGAGGGUGGACUCGUAGUACUGGUACCCAUGUACGAGGAAAUAGUGUCCGUUUCUCCGAUCUCACGAUCCGUUGCUGUUCUCGUGCGGUGUGUGCUAAUCGCCUGGUUGCCUAGAGGGGGCAUUUGAUUCUUCGAUUAGACUGACGUAGUCGGGCAUGUGGUUUGCCAAAUAUGGUUGUCGUUAGAAAAUUUUGUUCGGUAAUGCUGCAGAACUGAUGUUCAGAAUCUUUAAAAAAUCGGAUGGCUUGAAGUGCGUUGCAAUAGUUAAGUAUUGAUGUUGCAACUAUUGUUUAUGCAUGUUUUGAAUGUUGCAUGAAA